AUGUGUGGUAUUACGGCAUUAUCAUUAGCUGAUCCAAAUGCCUCAGCUAGCUUAGAAUUAUUUGAAGGUCUUCAAAUCCUGCAGCAUAGAGGACAGGAUGCGGCAGGAAUUGUCACGUGUGGACAUAAAGGAAGAUUUUAUCAAUGUAAAGGAAAUGGAAUGGUAAGAGAUGUCUUUAAUCAAGAGCACCUACAAAAUUUAGUUGGAAGUCUCGGAAUUGGUCAUGUGCGAUACCCUACAGCCGGUUCAUCUUCAAAUUCCGAAGCACAACCAUUCUAUGUUAAUAGUCCAUAUGGAAUUGUAUUUGGUCACAAUGGAAAUUUAAUUAAUGCACGAGAAUUACAAAAUUUUUUGGAUUUUAAGGCUCAUCGUCAUAUAAAUACAGAUUCAGAUUCAGAAUUGUUAUUAAAUGUGUUUGCAAAUAAUUUACAAGCAACGGACAAAUUUAGGAUUAAUGAGGAGGAUAUUUUUACAGCAAUAAAAGGAAUUUUUGAACAAUGUAUAGGUGGAUAUGCAUGUGUAGCAAUGAUUGCAGGUUUUGGUAUAAUUGGAUUUAGAGAUUCGAAUGGAAUUAGGCCGAUAUGUUAUGGAAAAAGAGAACAUACAAGCGGAACCGAUUAUAUGUUUUCAUCAGAAAGUGUAGUAUUAGACGCAUCUGGCUUUUCCGAAGUUACUGAUAUAAAUCCAGGCGAAGCAAUAAUUAUAACAAAGACAGCAAUAACAAAAAGACAAUUAGUUGAACCAAUAAACUUUACCCCUUGUAUAUUUGAAUUUGUUUAUUUUGCGAGACCCGAUUCGGUAAUUGAUAAUAUAUCGGUUUAUAGAUCAAGGUUAGAGAUGGGUGAACAUUUAGCUGAUCAAGUUAUAAAAAAAUGUGGAAAUAACAUGGACAUUGAUGUCAUAAUUCCGGUUCCUGAUACUAGUCGGGUAGCAGCAUUACAAGCAUCUUAUAAAUUAAAACUUCCUUAUAGAGAAGGCUUUAUUAAGAAUCGUUAUGUUGGCCGUACGUUUAUAAUGCCCGGACAACAAAUGAGAAAAAAAAAUGUUCGACGUAAAUUAAAUGCCAUGGCAUUGGAGUUUUCCGGCAAGAACGUUCUAAUUGUUGACGACUCGAUCGUUAGAGGAACUACUUCAAAAGAGAUCGUUCAGAUGGCACGUGAAGCUGGCGCCAAGAAAGUUUAUUUCGCAUCUUGUGCUCCGCCUAUUAGGUAUCCUAAUGUUUAUGGUAUUGAUAUGCCAUCCCGCCAAGAACUUGUAGCAUAUAAUCGAGAUGACGAUUCAAUUGCUAAAGAAAUCGGAGCUGAUCUUGUAAUAUAUCAGGACUUGGAUGAUUUAUUGGCAUCAUGUAAAAAACUCAAUCCAAGCAUUCAAACAUUUGAUUGUUCGGUAUUUAAUGGACAAUAUAUUACGGGGAUUACAAAAGAAUAUUUAGAACACUUGGAAAGUUCUAGAAAUGAUUCGGCAAAAAAUUCCAAUGAUAGAUUACAGUCUCCGGAUACUAUUGGGUUACAUAAUAAUUUUGGUUAUAAUGGUAGAUCAUAG